UCCUCUCCACGUCCGGCGCUGGGCUUUUUUUCAGACAAGUGCAUCUCCUAACCAGGUCACAUUUCAGCUGCGACCCACUAUCCGUCUGUCACCGGAGUCAGACCGCAGGAGGAGGGCUGAGGAAGACGACGGCGUUUGCUCCCCCAACUGCGGGGUGGGAAGAAGGACGUUAAAAUACUGCAGAAGUCAAGACCGCCACCCCCCCACCCCAGGUCGAAUUCAGACCACGAUGCGCGCUCCGGGCUGCGGGCGACUGGCGCUGCCGCUGCUGCUCCUCACAGUAGCUGCCCUGGCCGAAGGCGACGCCAAAAGGCUCAAGGAGGGCGAGACCCCCGGCAAUUUCAUGGAGGACGAGCAAUGGCUGUCGUCCAUCUCGCAGUACAGCGGCAAGAUCAAGCACUGGAACCGCUUCCGAGACAUUCUCUCAUCAGACCCACCUAGUAUAACACAGGCCACUGUGACCUUUCUCAUCUUAAAUUGUGUGCAUCCAGAAGUUCCUUAG